AUGCGACGUUUCAAGGAUCGAUUCGGGCUGCACGUGAAGCGAGUGGCCGGCGAAAAAGCUUCCGCCGAUACCGCAUCGUAUUUAAAAUUCAAGGACGUAUUGGAAGAGCAGAUUUUGGAAAUGGGUCUCAAAAAGUCGCAAGUCUACAAUGCUGACGAAUCUGCAAUUUUCAUUAAGAUGUUGGCAUCACGGAGCGUUGUGCUUUCUCAUGAGAGUAAGGCUUCAGGACGAAAAUUGAAUAAGAUGCGGUACACUUUCAUGCCGUGUAGCAAUGUCGAUGGCUCCAACAAAUUGAAAUUGAUGUUUAUUGGCACAGCCGCCAAACCACGUUCGUUUCCGGCUAAGGAGUUGCUUCCUGUUUCCUACUACAACUCAAAAAAAGCUUGGAUGACGCGAGAGCUUUUCCGGACAUGGUUCUACAAUGAAUUUAUCCCAGCGGUAAGAGAAUUUUCAGAACGGUUCAACCUUGAGCCCAAGGCGCUGUUGGUGCUGGACAAUUGUACCGCACAUUAUGACGGAGGUGAUAAAUUGAUUUCCGAUGAUGGACUAAUUAAGGUCAUUUAUCUUCCACCGAACGUUACAUCAGAGUGUCAACCUAUGGACCAGGCAGUGAUCAACGCGAUAAAGAUGAGAUACAAACGGAAACUGAUGCUGAAACUUGUGCUGGAGGAUGAGCAGCUUAAGUUUGAAGACCGUCUGAAGAAAAUCACUCUGCAACAGAGUAUCGACUGGUUGUCAGCCGCGUGGGAUGAGAUCAGUUCAUCCACAAUCGAAAACUCGUGGAAGAAAUUGAUUAAUCAGUUCCCUGAAUGUGAUUGGAGUUCAGCCGAUUUGGAUGUACCAGACAAUGUGGAUGAUAUAAGCUGCUCAGGAAUCGGAUUUUAA